UAGCUCACUCACUUCCAAUCAAUGAAAAUCACGCCCAGCUCAUUACAGACCAUCACCGACCUUCGGGACGAAUAUAGAGGUGUUUGCUCAGAUGAAAUUAGGACGCGGCCGAAAACUUUGAGGAAGCAGAAGACCAUAUUGAGGGACAACGAGACGGUCUACCACGACAAGGUGCCCGUCUCCACGCGUUUCUACCUGCAGCUGCUGAAGAGGAGCCAGUUCCUCCAAACCUUCGUGGACCACGACACCUACGACUACGCGUCCGAGAGCGAGACACCGCUCCUCUCCCCCGAACCGAAGAAAAGGCCGAGGAAACAGGUGUACGACGACAGAACCGGCUACAACUUGCGAUCUAAACGGGCUCGAAAAACCUUAGUCAAAACCAGGGGACGGAAGAAGAGGAGCGACCAAACACAAGCUCAAACUGAAGAAAAGCAACCUCUGGCGCCUAUUAUAGAGGAGAUCAAAAGGCGGGAGCCCCUGAGGGCGACGCAGAAGGGAUCAGAGAUCGACAAGAUAGCGGAGAAACUCAGGAGCCUGGUGGGGAGCAACCUGGUCGGCCUGGACGAGGAGCUGCUGAUCUGCAGGGAGUCCUUCAACGAGGAGAGUAUUGAGGACGCUGAGAAUGUUCCUGUGAAGGAGAAGGCGGAGUGCGUGCGGCGUGCGCGCGCGACGCACGUGUGCCCGUACUGCGGCAAGCGGUUCGACCGGCCGUGGGUGCUGAAGGGCCACCUGCGCCUGCACACCGGCGAGCGCCCCUUCCCCUGCCCCCACCCCCUCUGCGGACGGUGCUUCGCCGACAGGUCGAACCUGCGCGCCCACCAGCGCACGCGCGGCCACCACUCGUGGGAGUGGCGCUGCGGGGAGUGCGGCAAGGCCUUCAGCCAGCACCGUUACCUCGAGCGGCAUAAGGCUGACGCCUGCAGGAAGUACAAGUGA